GGAAGAACUGGUGGGAAAUUUAACGUUGCGGGAAAGUUUGCUAACACAGCAAAGAAGCUAUAGUUUUAAAUGUUUUUUAUAUGGUAAAAAAAUGGACCGCUAUGUUUUGGUCAUAUUCCUUUGUCAAAGCGAAGAGCACUGUACGGACUAUCAUAAAUGUCUGGAGCCAGUAAAUGAUAUUUAUAAAAGACUCUUAGAGAUCUCAGCCCAGCAUUCAGUAACAUUGAACUCUGAGUUUCCAGCUUGUUCCCUUGGUGGAAGCCCAACAACCCCAAGGUGGUACUUUGCAGCUCAGGCGUGCCGAAAGGCAGCACAAUUUUGCAGCUCUGAUUGGGAAGAGUUAGGAGCAAACCAGCAGAAAGGUGACACCGAGGAGCAGAGCCUUACUACACUUGAACAAUGUCUGACCUCUCUUGAUAACCAGGAGGCAGCAGACAACAGAGAUGAUCUGCCAACUAUGGGAGAGCUGUUGGAAGAGGCUGUGGAUGGACUUCACCAGCUGACAGACAAGCUGCCUCCACCAGGUAAAGCCUUGCUGGAUGUUCUGCUGCUGGCCUCAGCUGAGAAGUCCCCUUCAGUUAAAGAUCUACUGCCUUUGCUGGGAGCCCUAAAACACAUGGCCUGCUGGCAUGCUGCAAAGAUCAAUAUUGUUACACAGAACAACAGUGGGUGGGAGAAGGUGGCGUCCUCUCUGAGUGCUGGUCUGAUUGAACCUGCUGACCUGUUCAGCUGCAUCGAUCACAGGGAGCUGUGGAGAGGAGGCCUGCUUAUCAGAGAAAAGAAGUAUGUAUCUGAACUUCGCUUUGAUGGCUUUUCCCUGCGCUCUCCUGGGAAUCAGCUAUCAGACUCUGGUCUCAUCCCAGCUCCUAGCACAGAUCACAAACUAAACUCUGAGGUCUUCCAUUACUAUGCUCCAGUUCUAGACAUGGUUCAGCUGGUUGACCUUUCAAACCUGCCCACCUUCCUGAUGUCCAACGCAAAGUUUGAGUUAGGACUGUCUGGGAAGUCGCUCAAAGCCAAGCUUCUCUUGGACCAGCUGAGGGCUCUUCGUGGAAAGGUCGGAGCUUUGUUCAGCCUGUCCUGUUCAAUCACUCCCAUUGCCCAGCCUCCCGCCAGCCAAUUAAGCUCGCAGCGCUGGAAGGAGUGUUUAUCCCGAACCCCAAAGUCCUUUCUUGUGCCUGAUGUAGAGGUGAAAGGUGAGAGCGCUGUCUACUUCCUAUUGGUCCAGGGAACUGAUGACGCCGGCUCUGCUACCUGCAGGGUCAGGAUGAUGCAUUCACACAGUCAACUCAAUGGUGCUGCUGCUAUGGCAACCAUCUCCAGCUGGUUCAGGGAGAAGCAUCUUCUAUCAGGAGAAGCCGACGGGAACUUCCUCCAUCCUCUGACGUGUCUCCAAGGAGAUUCCCUCAUGAAGAGGGAGAGAAAGGUGGCCCAGGUUCAGGCGCAGGUUCUCAAAGAAUAUCUUAGACAGAAAGCAGAAGCUUCUGGCGUGUGCUCGGUCCCCAUCAAUCACUUGAAAGCCAUACUGAACCUUGCCAGGGAGCAGUACCUGAAGAUUAUGGACUCCACUCUUCCAACAGUGGCCACAUGUCUGUCAAACAGUGAGUCAGCUGAACCUGCAGAUUUAAAGGCCAGUGUCCAGCUGCCAUCUGACUGGCCUGAGAGAACUGUCCUUCACAACAUCGAAAACCUGCAGAAAAGACGGCAGAGGAAGAGGCUUGGUCUGCUAGGCCCAGGAUCCAGUGAAUGCCUGUUGGGGCCCAAAGACAGCCAGAGGGCCUCAUCUGCUUUACUAGAUGCCAAAGAACUUCUAAAGCACUUCACAUCUGAUGGCUUGCCUAUCGGGGAUUUACAACCGCUGGUUAUCAGCAGAGGUAAUAACAUGUUCCAGUUAUCACCAGACCUGUCUCCCAGAAGGAUCAGCAGGAUGCCCUUCAGCAAAGCCUCAUCAGCUCAUUACCAUGGCAUAGAAUUCUGCCUGGAUAACCAGCGAUCCCUGGACAGAGACCAGGCUUUCUUACGUCUCCAGUCUCGACUGAUUCGCUAUGAGACCCAGACGACCUGUUCCAAGGAGCCCUGUGCUCUCCCCUUUGCCCUAAGUCCUGCCCCCUCACCUGCUGUUAUGUCAGAACCAGGAAGUGUUCCAGAUGGGGAGAGCCUGCAGAACAAUGAUGUAGCUUCUCUGAAACGCAGGUCCUGGGACACCGAUGUAGCAGGAGGUUACCCUCGCAAGAGGUUGGUGAAGUCAGAGAGCAGUGACUCGCUGUGUUCACAGAGCAGUGGCAGCAGCGGUACACAUCCGGCUAUAAGGUGUUUACGGCAGCAAGCGAACAGAUCCCAAUCUGCCUCAACCUCCUCAGCCACCAGACGGCCAUCAGGUUUGGCGUGUCUGCCAGGUCCUGAGAGGCCUAGAGUCCAGCAGCAGAAGGUCAAUCAGGGUCAAGCUGAGGACAAAGCUGCCAAAGAGUCCCGCUCCCAGAAGCACAAUAGGAUGCUGCAGGAGAUUGUAGCUAAAACGCUGAAAAGCCAUGGGAUCACAGCCGAGCAUGAGUGCUUUGAGGCCUGCAGCAAAAGGCUGUUUGAUAUCUCCAAGUUCUACCUUAAGGAUCUGAAGACAUCUCGGGGUCUGCAUGAUGAAAUGAAAAAAGCAGCCAACAGUAACGUAAAACAGGUUGUUGACUGGGUGCUGGAGAAAAGCUCAAAGAAAGGGAGAUGAUCAUCAAUAACCCCCCAACCCCGGGUGUUUUAAUUGAUGUUUGGCCUCAGUGAGCCGCUUUUUUUUAUUUUAGUCCAUUUACAAAAGUGAUUGAUGUUUUAAGCUUUUGAUUGGUUUUAAAUAGUUAAUUUAGUUCAUUUAAAUAACUUAAUCCUUUAUUUGAUUUUCUUGGCUCUUCCUUUCUACAAAAGCCAUCAAAGAAUGCUUGAAUUUUAAGCUUAUAUAGUUGUUUGUUUUGUUUUUUAAGCCUCCUGAUAUACUCUAGUGGCUCUAAAGCCUGGAAGCAGAAAAAUAAAAAAAUAGAUAGAAACCACCCUGCUCUGGUUUCUGUUGGUAAGAGGCCUCUUGGGGGUCAGUGUUUUUUCUACAUUGCCAACAUAUAGGCUUGUUUACUGUUAUAUUAUACUGAAAGUUAACUUUGUUUCUUAGCACAUUAUUUUUUAGUUGUAUGUCUGUAUUUCAUUUUUAUCACAAUGAAUGUAUUUUAACUUUUGUGUACAUUUUGUUUUAUUGUGGGAAAUAAAAUGUGUCUGAAUG